AGGGACAUUUUAAAAGGGCCGGAAAUUGCGGGCGUCAGUGGCCAUGGCGGAUACAGCGACUCCAGCAUCGGCGGCGGCGAGUCCCGCCAAUGCCUCGACCGACGCACCCCCUUUCCAGCUGGGCAAACCCCGCUUCCAGCAGACAUCCUUCUAUGGCCGCUUCAGGCACUUCCUGGAUAUCAUCGACCCACGCACUCUCUUUGUCACUGAGAGACGUCUCAGAGAGGCUGUGCAGCUACUGGAGGACUACAAGCAUGGGACCCUGCGGCCAGGGGUCACCAACGAACAGCUCUGGAGUGCACAGAAAAUCAAGCAGGCAAUCCUACACCCUGAUACCAAUGAGAAGAUCUUCAUGCCCUUCCGAAUGUCAGGUUACAUUCCUUUCGGGACGCCAAUUGUGGUAGGUCUUCUUCUGCCCAACCAGACACUGGCAUCCACUGUCUUCUGGCAGUGGCUGAACCAGAGCCAUAACGCUUGUGUCAACUAUGCAAACCGCAAUGCUACCAAGCCUUCGCCUGCGUCCAAGUUCAUCCAGGGUUACCUGGGCGCUGUCAUCAGUGCUGUCUCCAUAGCUGUGGGCCUUAAUGUCCUGGUACAGAAAGCCAACAAAUUCACGCCAGCCACCCGCCUGCUCGUGCAGAGAUUUGUGCCCUUCCCCGCCGUUGCCAGUGCCAACAUCUGCAACGUGGUCCUGAUGCGCUACGGGGAACUGGAGGAAGGGAUCGACGUCCUGGACAGUGACGGCAACCUCGUGGGCUCCUCCAGGAUCGCAGCCAGACACGCCCUGCUGGAGACGGCGCUGACACGUGUGGUCCUCCCCAUGCCCAUCCUGGUGCUACCCCCGAUCGUCAUGUCCAUGCUGGAGAAGACAGCUCUCCUGCAAGCACGGCCCCGGCUGCUUCUCCCUGUGCAAAGCCUCGUGUGCCUGGCAGCUUUUGGCCUGGCCCUGCCACUGGCCAUCAGCCUCUUCCCGCAGAUGUCAGAGAUUGAAACAUCCCAGUUAGAGCCUGAGAUCGCCCGGGCCACCAGCAGUCGGACCGUGGUUUACAACAAGGGGCUGUGAGUGGUGGCAGCGGCCCAGGGAUCAAGCAGGGAUGAGGCAAGAGUCUCCUGGGCUGCACCCAUGGGAAGCUAGGAGCAGACACCUCCGGGCUUCCUGGGGCCACUGACUGCAGGGGUAGGGAAACUAACCUAUUCACAAGUUAACAUAAGGGAGAGGACUUCUGGCGUGUUUCCUAGACAAAAAUAAUAAUCAAAUGCAUUUCUGGGCCUUACCUGGGGUGGUCAGACCUCUCCUCAGCACAAUUACUUGGAAAGCUGAAAACCUGUAGAGUGCUCACAGGGUAGAACUAGCAUUCUUUUAUACUUUGGUUUCUUUUUUAUUUUUAUUUUUUUAUCAGAAGCACGUCUGAGACGUGGCUGUGGUGCCCUGAUGUGGCAGUGGCCGGGUUGGGUUCAGAUGUUCCUGGGGCUCCCUGGGGUUCCUGGACCAGGAGGGGAGACAAGGGGUGGGGUGGUGGCUGUUCUUCACAGGAUGACCCAGCUGUGACUAAGCCCUUUGGAGGUGGCCUGGGAAUUGGAGCACUGGAGGUGUCUGAAGAUUCUAUGGCAGCUGGCUCUGAGCAUGGCUGGCCUUAAUUCACACCCCAUUCGAAGAGCAAGUCCCUUAUCAAGAAGCACAGCCGUGUGUGGGACUGGGGGCAUCCUGCAUGCAAUCCUGUUUGAUCUGACGCCCCUGAAAAGAUCUGCUCUCCAAGCAGAAAACUCCAAAAGGAAAUCAUGUUUGCUGAGAAUGGAGGUUUCCAUAUUCUAUAGGAAGAAUGGUCUUUGCUGGACAGAAUGGACCCUGUGAGCACAUAGGCCAUGUGUCCCCAGAAGAGGAGGAAGAGAAGCCCAUCUGGAAGUGGCAUCUGGGAAGCAGAAGGGAUAUAGCCCCACAUGGGACAACACAGGGGCUCCUCAACACAGGAACAGGAAUCCAGUUCCCCACACAGGCUGUGUGACAUGGAUGCACUGAGUCCCUCCCUGGGGCUGAGCUCUGUGCCCAGAACUGGGGAGCUGGACCCAGAAGCUCCUAGCUGCUCUUCCUUCACCUGUCCCACUCAACUUCACUCAAUGCUGGUCAUCCCAGUGGGCUGGGAACAGUGGACUGGGGAACAGUAGAACAGUGGGCUGGGGUCAAGACAGCCCUGUGGGAACAGUCAGUGGGCCUGACAGCCUGGCUCUGGAUUCUUCUGGUUCCCAUGUGCAGCAGCAGUAUUUGGCCAUGGCCAGAUUGGGGCGUUUUGAAGGUGGAGGCUCUCCACUGGACCUGAGUGUCUGUCUGUCUGUCUCCUGGAGGGAUUCAUCUCUCAUGGAAGGAGUGCUCAGAGCCCCAGUGACCCAGGUGAUCCCCCUACCCCCUGGGUGAGCUCUACAGGGUACUCCCAGGAGGAUCUCCUACCCUUACCCCUGCCCAUCAGGAAUGAAAGAAGGAAGCAGAGCCCAGCAGGGAGUGACAGAAACUUUAUGAGGCAAUCCCUUUAUAAUGUAAGGAGGGUUUGUCAGGGUGCUCUGAAAAGUUGGGGGCUGGGUCCCCUCCACUCCGAGUUUACCCUACUCCUCCUUUCCCAGGUCACAUACCUGUGCACUUUACUUUGGGGUGAAAACUACUGAGCCCAGCCCCACUCCCCACCCUGGAGAAGCCUGGCAGAGGUGGGGAGGGUCUGUGACCCCCACCCUACCCUCAGCAUCUUGUUAGCUCUUAUUUGAUGUCCCUAAUAGAAAUAGAGGUGAGUUAAGGAGACUUCCAAAGGGGCAAAGGCCCCAUCCAUGCCAGGGUACGUGAGCAAGUGUCAGUGAGGACAAACUCUAGCGGCGCCUGCCUGCCACUCUAUAGGGGUUAGAGAAGCUAAUUGGGGUAAGGCUGGUCUGGUCCCAUAGAGCUGCAGACACACCACUCAGGCUCAGUGAUGUCCCCAUUUCCAGGUAAGAUUGUGAAGGUCUGGGCCAACUGCUGGAGUUCAUAGAGGGGGUGGGGGACCCAGGCCUGAAUCCACUUUCUUCCAGAGUUGCCUGGUCUUCUGGCUGAGUCUCUACUGGGGAAACCAAUGAGGACCAAAAACAAAGGACCCCAGAGAGAGCAGGAAGGGCCCAGGGGAGUCUGCAUAGGUUCCACACCAGAGGGCUUUGUGGUGUCCUUUUAACCUCAGAAAAGUCUCCAUCUCUGUGAUUUACGUAAUACUAAUGCACUGUGGGUAAUAAAUGAUGGAUGUAAAGCAUCAA